UUUAAAAGUUAUAAUAUCUACCUAGUGUACAAAAAUAUAUCUGAGAAAAAAGUACAAACGAUAAAAAGUUACAAAAAAAAAAAAAAAAAAAAAAAAAAAGAAAUAAAGUACAUACAAACACGAACACAAAAGCAUACACAUAUACACGACGAAACAAAAAGAACACAAAUAAAAAUCCGUCAGUGCCAAAUCGAAAAGACGUGGAGGGAAUAGACAAGCGCGAUUAAUAGUUGUUGUACAUUUAAAGGAAAAAGUAUACAGAGAACGAAAGAAAGAGAGAGAAAGAGGAGAAGAAAGCAAAACCAUAAACCAAAGAAUCUACCAUUUUUUCUACUAAUCACUCAGAGAAUAACGAUACUCUUAAAGCAAAAGAAAGUGACCAAGAGUGAGAAAGAGAGAUAGAGAGAGAUAGAGAGAGAGAGAUAGAUAGAUAGAUAGAGAGAGAGAAAGAGAGAGAGAGAGAGGGAGAGAGAGAGAGUGAGAGAGAGAGAGAGAGAGAGAGAGAGAGAGAGAGAGAGGAAGCGAGAUAAGCAUCUAGACUUCCGUGAUCCCAAACUAAUUAAGUGAAAAUCAUCCGCGUAAAGUCUUUUGUAAACUAUAUGAAUUUAUAUAAAUAAACGUUAAGUAAGAAGUGAAUCUUUAAAAAAGCACUCGGCUUCAAUCCGAGAUUUACAUUUAGCGACAUCAAAUGUCCUUUGGUAACAAAAUCAGAGUUCGCACGAACUGGUGCAUAUCCAAUUGGUGAAACGGAAGAGAAAAGGAGAGAGAGAAAAAGAGAAUACCUAUCUACCAGUUUCGAGCUCCAGAGCUAUCAGCUCCAGAGCAAAAGAGAAAAAUAGAAAAAGAACGAGGACUGUCGUUCGAAUCGAGUCGACCUCCUGCACGCAGGAGGAGCGUUAAAAACAGGAUGACGUGGCGAGGAAGAUGAGCGCCGAGGUGACGAAGGAGGUCGUCGCCACCGAGAGGGUAGCACCGAGCCCUCCGGCGGCGGUAGCGACCUCGCCAACCUCUGGUGACCCGGCUCGUCACCUGCCCCCGUUCAGCAGCUUCGCCGGGGACAGUACGAUGGACAGCUCUACGACUUUGACGACCCUUCAUUCCCAGGACGUUGGACUGGGCCUGACGUCGUCCUGGGACUAUUACGAGGGCCUGACAGGUCGGUUGAUCGACUCCCGUGGCGAAGUGGUUCUCGCUAGCCAAUAUCGUCCUUGGGAGUCGAAGAACGCUGGUGGUGUCGUGUCUGCUGCAGCACCAACCGGUGAAGGAUUACCAAGUUUUGCAAGUCAAUUUACCGCACCGAGUGAAGCCGAGCCCCAAUUAACGGCAUUGACGCCGUUGUCGCCAGCAUCCAUCUCUCAUUCGCCACCCGUUACAUCAGCCGUAGGUUUGCCCAGUUUUCAUACUCUUGGGACACCUUUACCGGCGCCUCAUCCUCAUCGCGGUACCGUCGGUUAUCCUCUCGUACCGGCACCCGUUCAAGCGAGAGAGGUACCGGCUCUGCAACAACAGCUACUCGACGAGAGACAUAUUCAACUACUCGGUUCUAGUCCCGUCCAAGCGUUCCCACCACCUCCAGGUCAUCCUCAUCAUACUGUUUUGACCGUAGUCAAGCCCGAAUAUCCGCAACUUCAUCAUGCCAACUUCCAAAACCCAAUGUCGACUGUCCUCGAUUCCUCACCAACCUCGAGGGCGAUCGGCAUCGACGGACGUAAGAAAGAACGGAGAAAAAUACGGGCUGGCUCGAUGGAGUCCGAAGAUGGUGGUGGAGGUGGUGGUGGCGGUGGUGGUGGUGCUGGUAGCGUUGAAAAUUCUGGUCAAGUCGCGGCAGUAUCCUCUACCGCCAAUCGUGGUCCUCAUCAUAUGAGUGGCGGAAUGGGUGAUGCCGACGGUGACGGUGGCCUCGGUGAUAAGCCGGCUAAAAAGAAACGCAAAAGGUGCGGGGAAUGCAUCGGAUGCCAACGGAAGGACAACUGUGGAGAUUGCGCGCCGUGUAGGAACGAUAAGAGUCAUCAGAUUUGCAAAAUGAGGCGGUGCGAGAAACUCACGGAGAAAAAGCACCUAUAUCACCUACAGACAGGCGAGGGAGCGUUCAGGGAAAGAGGAAGAGGUCGAGGGAAAGGUACUACGAGGAGUUAUCGAAAAAUCGCUCGACAAGUCAGCACGCCAGACAGUGCACCCGCAGGUCUUGGUAGUCCUCAAGCAGGCAUCGGUGGUCUGCAGCAACACCAACAACAACAACAGCAACAGCAAGCGCAGCAGCCUCUGCAUCAGCCGGAUCCCAUGCAGCAGGCCAAGGACAACCUGAACCCCGCGGCGAGUCAGCAAACGGCGGCUCUCAGAAACGGAAAUCCUCCGCCACCCGUUGUCUCCAUGUCUCCCGGUGUAGUGCCAUUUUAUGGAGAUUCUAGUGCUGGCUUUCGACCGGCAGCUGGUUUCGGUAAUACAGUAUGGCAUCAGGGAGUUGGUCCUGUGGGUGCAGUCGCGGUUGAAACCACGCCAGCUGCAUGGCCACCUCAACAAUUUAUUCAACAAAUUCCUGCUCCUAAUCAGUUAGAAGAAUUAAGAUAUCACACUCAAUACAGCACCGCAACGCCUUAUCAUCCUCAACCAGUCGCGUAUCAACAGCAAACUUUUAUAACUACUGAUCAAUCGGCAUUUCAACGAGCCGGGACUACAGGACAAUAUACAAUUACGGGGCAACCUUCACCCUUAACACCAGUGGCACCACAAACGGCAGCUUCGACACCUCAAAGGCCAUUAAAUGGUCAAUUUAUGGAUCCUGCUUCAGCACCAACGCAACCCGUUGGUUACGAAAGACAGGAUUAUGUUAACGGUUACCAGCAGCAGGAUGUGACAAUGGCACCACCACCUUCGACUACUCCAACAAGCCGUAGUAGCUCCGUACACAUGGAUACCCAACAGGCACAACAACAACCCCCACAGCAGCAACAACAGCAACCUCCUACGGACACGCAAGUAAAAGGGUUUGCCACAAUUGCUGCGAAUAAUGUGUCGGGAAACGAGAUGCCUGGGUAUCCACUUCAACCGGGCCCACAGAGUUUACACAACUCUAACGGAUAUCCAGGCUACGUGGAAAUGGGUCAACAACAGCUACAAAAUCAGUGGCAAUCACAAGUUGCUCAACAACAUCAGCAACAACACCAACAACAGCAACAUUUGCAACGGCAACAUACUAUGUCGGAUACUAGUCAACGACAUAUAUGGACUGACACUAGUACGAGUUCAAAAAUCAGUGGUGUAAAUAAUAGUAAUAUGACGUGGUCGGAUUCUACUCUUCAACAACACCAUCAACAGCAAAAAUCUUCAAAGCAGCAGCUUCAGCAACAGAGUAUGCAGAAUACUAUGAAGCAGCAAAAUGAGCAACAACAAGCUAUGCAGCUACAAGGACAACAAGAGUUGUCAAGACCGGGUAGUCAUAUGAGUUGGGAAAAUGGUACCGUAAAGGAACCUCAAACUCCUCAAUCGUGGACUGACAAUACUGAGAAUCAACAACAACAACAACAAUCUCAACAAACUCAGGGAAGUUGGUCGCAGCAAAGUCCUAAAUUAAGAGAUACUCAGAACUCAAGAUUGACACCAUCUACUCAAAAACAACAUCAGGGGUGGCCACAACAUUCUCCAAAAUUACCAGAUCAUCAGCAAAAUCCGUCCCAACAAAGUUCAAGAGUAACGCCUUCUGGUCAACACUCGUGGCAACAGAGUAGUCCUGAAAUACAAACGCAACAAAAUACAGGUCAACAAAAUUCGGGAUUGAUUAUAUCCUCUCAGCAAAUACAACAGCAGCAAUGGUCGCAACAAACCAAACUUGAACAAAAUCCAAGACUGACUCCCUCCAAUCAAAUGACAUGGCCAGACACACCAACUAGUCAACCCAACUGGUCACCCAAUAGCAUGAAAAGUGAAUCCAGUCAGCAACCUCAACAACAAUGGCCAGAUUCUCAACCUAGUCCAAGAAGAACACCUGGUCAUCAAUCUACAACAUGGCAAAAUCAAUCAUCGCAAGAAACUAAAAUGGAUAAUCAUAUGACGUGGUCCCCAUCUUCAGUAAGUGAAAAUCAACCUACGUGGGGUCAGCAUACAUCGAAACAAGAUAUGCAAAAUUCUGGGGAAAGAAUCAUGUGGCAACAAAAUGCAGAUAAUAGUAAAAACAAUGGAUAUUCGGAUAAUCAAGACAACCAUGAAAACAAUGUAUAUGCUCAAUCAAAUCGAGUGAAUCUGAACAGUCGGCUCAAAUCAAUGAUUUUAAGCAAACAACAACAACAACAACAACAACAACAGCAACAUCAACAACAACAACAUCAACAACAACAGCAUCAACAACAGCAGCAAUUGCAACAACAGCAACAACAGCAGCAGCAAUUGCAACAACAGCAGCAAUUGCAACAUCAACAAAUGCAGCAGCAACAUCAAGAACAGCAACAGCAUCUUCAUAUGCAUCAUCAAAUGCAAGGUCAGCAUAACAUUAAUAACAUUAUUGGAUCAAAUGGAGAAUAUGUCGGAGAUGAUCGGUUACGAGAGUCACAUGAAAAUUCAGAGAAAAUGCAAGAAAAGAGAACGGAUCAGUACCUCAAUCAAUCGACAAUCAUGUCAAUGGCGCAAUCUAAUGAAAAUCUGACCGGUAAUUUUUUAUUGCAUAGCCACCACCCUCGGGUCGAUAGUUUGCCCGAAGGUGGUGGCUUAUUAGAAUGGACAGGAGGUGGAACCAGUUUAACUAAUCAUAACGUACUAACAGAGACCGGUGUGACUGCUAUAGAAAAUUUUAUGAAAUUCGCGACAGAAGAUAAAAUUGUCCUUGAAAAGCCUUCUGAGGAACAACAACAUAUGCACGAACAAACUCAGCAACGAUUAUGGAAAGACCAUAAUAAACAUCAUGAUAAUUCUAUCAUAGAAGAAAAGACGUUUCAGCAACAGUGUGCUGAAAAAAAAACACAAAGACUCGAAGAUCUACGAGAAGAUACGAAUGCAACUAAAAGAGCAAGAGAGGACAACCUUGAUUUUAUGCAGACUGCGGAUACUUCUGUCAUCAGCAAAAUUGUAGUUGAGAAUGAACAAAGAUCCGUUGAAAUGAAAGCAGACCAGUCAUCCACGAAAGAGGAAGAUAGUUCGGAGGUAAAGUACGCUUCAGAUCAAACCAUCAAGCAGGAGAACAUAGGAGACUACAAUUGCGCCAUACCCGAAAGCAUUGAAUCCUGCAAUGUUUCUAGAGGAGAAGACCAUACUACGCUGCCUGUAAAAGCUGAACCUGGUCAAACAUCGCAUGAUGCUUCGGACUAUAAAUUUAGAGGCGACGGUGGUCCCGCCAAAGUAUCACCAGGUACUGGUUCAUGGUGCUGUCGGAGAGGUGGCACGGAGCAACCUACGCCGGAACACCUGCGCGAAGGUUGUUGUCAAGGUCUUCAGACGAGGGAUGAAAUAUUAGCAGAUUCUCAACAGAAAUCAGACUCUGAUAUAAAGAACGAAGGAUCUAAUAGUCCGAAAAGCGGCAACGCAUCAUCGACAACUAAAUUGCAAGAUCAUUUGGACAAACUGAAGAACAAUGUUAGGACCGAAGUACCGGACUGCAACUGCUUUCCUGCCGAUAAAUGUCCACCUGAACCCGGCUCGUACUACACUCAUCUCGGAGCGGCUGCAAGUCUGUCUGAUCUUCGGAACGAUCUUGAAAGAAGAACUGGGCUGAAGGGAAAUGCAAUAAGGUUCGAGAAGGUCGUUUAUACUGGGAAGGAAGGCAAGACUACUCAAGGGUGUCCAAUGGCUAAAUGGAUAAUACGACGAUCCGGCAUCGAUGAGAAGAUCCUUUCCAUAGUGAAACAUCGACAAGGUCAUAAAUGUGCGACGGCAUGGAUCGUUGUAGCCAUGGUUGCUUGGGAAGGAGUUCCAACUCAUGAGGCUGAUCGCAUUUAUUCCCUUUUGAGUCACAAAUUAAAUCGCUUUGGUCUUCCAACGACCAGAAGAUGUGGUACUAAUGAACCGAGAACCUGUGCUUGUCAAGGACUGGAUCCUGAUACCUGCGGAGCGAGUUUUUCUUUCGGAUGCUCUUGGUCUAUGUAUUACAAUGGUUGUAAAUAUGCAAGAAGCAAAACUGUACGAAAAUUUCGAUUAUCCGUUCGGUCAGAGGAACAAGAGGUUGAAGAGAGGAUGCACGUUUUGGCUACACUUUUAUCACCUUUAUAUUUAAGUCUUGCACCGGAAGCAUUUAAUAAUCAAACUCAAUUUGAACGAGAAGCAAGCGAAUGUCGAUUAGGAUUUAAACCUGGGAGACCCUUUUCUGGUGUAACGGCUUGUAUCGAUUUCUGUGCUCACUCUCAUCGAGAUCUCCACAAUAUGAAUAACGGAUGCACUGUGGUAGUAAGUCUGACAAAACAUCGAACAUUAGCGAAACCUGAAGAUGAACAGCUACAUGUACUUCCUCUUUACAUCAUGGACGAUACAGAUGAAUUUGGUUCAAAAGAAGGACAAGAAGAAAAAGUUCGCUCUGGGGCUUUAGAAGUUCUGAAUAAAUAUCCCUGCGAGGUCAGAGUCCGAUCGGUUCCUCUUCAACCUUGUCGUCGGCAUGGAAAGAAAAGAAAAGAUGAGGAACCUGAUACUGUUGCAAAUAAAAAAGAAAUACAAAGGCACACUAACGCGUCCGAUAAAAUAAUAGAAGCAAGUCGUGCAGUGAAUCAUCAUGAUUUGUCCAGAACUCCAGCAAGAGAUACUCAAUUAUCUUUAGAAAUGGCUUCAAUGUUCGAAGGUAUGGAUGCGCAAUUACAAAGUUCUCAGGUAUCAUCGACGGUCCUCGAUAGUCCAGUGUCUAUGUAUCAAGGUUGGGGUUAUCAGGGUGAACAACAAUGGAGUCGAAAUGGUUGGCUCGAUCAAAGAAAAAAUAAUUGGUUAAAUCCCUGGGGAGAAUAUGCCUUUGGUGGUUUAGAGAGAGACACUAAAGUAGAUCCAGAUAGCACUAGCUUGGAUGAUAUCAGACCACGAAGUACAGUUUCGCAGGAAGAUCAUAGACCAGGUUCAAGGAAUUUACCAAACUCCACCAUGGAUUCCCCAAGAGGUACUUACACUCAUUCUCCAAGAGGUCAUCCUAUUUCUCCGAGAAGUUCUCAUCCAUGCACACCUGGUGAAGCAGCUUAUGCCAUGUCACCUAGAGGAUGCCCAUCAACGCCGCAGGAUCCAAGAAUGGCUUCUCCAAGAAGUUCGGGAUACCCUACUACACCUGACGGUAGUUACAAUCAUGCAACUUCUGCGAGAAGCUAUCAACAUAUUUUUGAGACCAGACAAAAUAAUGCGUCUCCAAGAGCAGGAUACUUUCAUUCACCGACCCAUUUAGAUGUUAUGCAAAAGAAUUUACAAUCACGAAUACAUCAAUCACAAGCAAAUGCGAAUAACAUUCGUCAUGUUGGUCAAAAUAACAUGGACAAUCAAUCUAGAAUGAGACAAGAUGCUAGUCAACAAAAAUACUCUGGUGCAUUGUCACAGACUUAUUUAGAAUCACAGAAUUCUACAAGAUUUAUGUUACCAAAAUCACAAACCGAGCCAUCCUUUUCAUCAAGAGUACAAAGUCACUAUCUUUCACAAUCCGUUCAACUAGGAAGAAACGCUACAUAUCAAAAUCAACAUACCGAUUCUAAUUUAGGGGAUGUUUUUCCUGGAUAUAGUGGUACUUCCUGCAUGGAUGGUAAUAGUCACAAAUCACUUGGUGCUACGAACCCAGAUUUCCUCCUUCAGGGUUCCUUAAAUCUUCCAUCUAUUCCUGAUCAACAAAGUGAUGUGCAAGGUCUUCUUAGUUCAAGCGAUCAAAAAAGGUACUUUGGUCGUUUGCAAAGACAAACGGAUUUAAAAACUUCAACAACCCCUCAGUUUCCAACCGUGUCUUCGGAACAAGGAAGUUAUGGAAGCAGUUGGAACAUGUUUAAUUUAUGGUCUUCCGAAACUUCAAAAUCGAUGGAACAUCAGACUCUUUUUAACGAGCAUCAAAAUGUGACAGAGAAAAUAAAUAAUCAAGCGGAUCAUCAGAAAAAUUCAACUUGGCCCGAAAGAUUACCAAAUGUUGAUCAAGCAAAGCCAACUUGUUGGGAAACGCAAACCGAACCAUCCCCUUUCCGUAUACCCAAAGGAAGACCACCUUCGAGAACAACAUCGGGUCAACAUUUGUCUACCGAUGCCAAUGCUUAUCCAAACACAUUUGCAAGAACAUUUUUGAAACCGCAGGAACCCGCAAGAAAUAAUACUUUUGCGGAUAGUUUAAGCAAUGGGGUACAAACAUGCGUACCCAAUCAGAACCAUCAAAAACGAACAGAUUGGCAUGAUGAGAAAUUAAGAGAAGGAUUUCAUGAUGGACGACAAGAGAUCGUUAAUUCGAAUACCACUUCUUUAGCUUGGGCGGAAGAAAUGAAACAAGUUCAAGAUUUGCACGCCAUGUCAAGCUUGGGUCAUCCUCACGCAUUUCCGCAAUACGGUUAUCCAACGUAUCCAGUUUUUGAAAAACCAUAUCCAAAUUCUUGGGAAGGUUACAAUUAUCAUCAACCUUAUCACCCACAAGCCGCACAAUAUCCUCCGCAAUUUUAUCAACAACCCAAAAGGGACGCCUGCUUCCAUUCUCCGCAAUAUCCGUAUCAAGGUAUACCACCGUAUCAGAGUUUAAAUACAGGCUGGCCAAGAUGGGAAACUUCUCGUUGGGACAUUUAUGGACCCCCACCAUACUUCCCGGUACUUCCUGAGCCACCACCGAAAGCGGAACCACUCGGUGAGGUAGCCGAUUAUUCCGACAACGAAGAGUGCUUCAAAGAUCCACAAAUGGGAGGAGUUGCUAUAGCUUUAAGUCAUGGUAGUGUUUUAUUCGAAUGUGCGAAACACGAGAUGCACUCAACGACGGCCUUGAAGAAACCCAAUCGUCUUAAUCCGACUAGAAUCAGUUUGGUGUUUUAUCAACAUCGUAAUCUUAAUAGACCAAGACACGGUUGGGACGAAUGGGAAGAGAAAAUGAGAUUGAGGAAGUUGGGUGUUGUAACGACAACGACUACCAGCUCAUCGGGUACGUCACCGUUAGUGUCCACAGCAGUUACUAGUCCAGCUAGUACGGUGAAUAAUGAGAAGCUACCACCACUUCCUCAUAUAUCUACCGUACCAAAUUCACAAUUCAUGAUGAGGUCGCCAACGUAUACAACCAUGACUUGGACAACACUUUUUCCUAUGCAUCCGUGUAUGAUAACAGGUCCGUAUCAAGAAGGAGGAGCCAUCGGAUGAGCCAUUAGCGGAAGGUACGAUUCCAAUCGACCAUGAUUGCGGAUCGUACUGGGGUUUGAGCGAAUAACUUAAAAAA